AUGGAAGAGUUGGCGAGAGAAAGCAUCAGCUUACUGGCCAAGCCCACGGCAAACACGGACGGCCCAAGGCUAGGCUCCUUCGGUGCAAUUGUCAUCAUGUUGAAAUCUGCGCUGGGUGCCGGACUUCUGAACUUUCCUUGGGCUUUCGAGAGGGCUGGAGGAAUCCAUACUGCUGUGGCCGUGGAGCUGGUAUCACUAGUCUUCCUCAUUAGUGGACUGGUCAUCCUUGGCUACUCCUCUUCCAUCAGUGGUCAAAGUACGUACCAGGCAGUGGUGCGAGACAUGUGUGGACCAGCCUUUGGGAAGCUAUGCGAGAUCUGCUACGUCUUCAAUCUCUUCAUGAUAUCAAUAGCUUUCUUGGUAAUAGUGGCAGAUCAACUGCAAAAACUAAGUGUUUCAUUAUAUGAAUUAAUCACGGGAUCACCGGAGGCAGAGAUGCCUCACCACUGGUACAUAGACCAGCGUUUCACCCUCUUCAUCCUCUGCCUCUUCCUCAUCCUUCCUCUAUCUAUCCCCAAAGAGAUUGGCAUACAGAAAUACACAAGUGUUCUUGGUACUUUGGCUGCAACAUACUUGACUGUAGCUAUCAUUGUAAAAUACCACACUAGAGAGGUCCAGGCAGUCCAGAUAGCACCAUUAUAUAGCAGUGGAAUAAGUUCAUGGGCUUCCAUGUUCAGUGUCAUUCCAACCAUCUGCUUUGGCUUUCAGUGUCAUGAGGCUUGCAUAGCCAUCUACAGCAGCAUGGAGAAUAAGAGACUGUCCCAUUGGGUGUUCAUCUCCGUGGUUUCCAUGUUCUUCUGUCUGGUCAUUUAUUCUCUCACUGGCAUUUAUGGCUACCUCACCUUCGGGAGACAUGUUGCUGCUGACAUUCUGAUGUCAUAUAACGGAGACGACGUGCUUAUGAUCAUCGCCAGGCUGCUCUUCGGAAUCUCCAUCAUCACCAUAUAUCCCAUCAUCCUCCUGCUUGGAAGGUCAGUGAUUCAGGACCCUCUGCUACAGCUGUGCUACAAACGCACCGUGGUGACCGACUCCUUUGAGAGCCGCACUCGCGUUGCUCUGACGACAGCCUGGAUCUCCAUCACACUCCUCAUCGCCGUGUUUGUACCAGACAUCAGCAAAGUCAUCAGUGUCAUCGGGGGAAUCAGUGCAUUCUUCAUAUUCAUUUUCCCAGGACUCUGCUUAAUUUUUGCCAUGCAGUCAGAGCCUGUGUCUCCCAAGCUCAGAGUGCUCCUGUCAGCAUGGGGUAUGGUCACACUUCUUUGUGGAGUGUUCAUCUUUGGCCAGAGCACCUCGAUUGCCAUUAUGCAGCUCUUACAUAAGCUCUAGUUUUCACUUCUCUUCUGGAACAUUCCGCAGCUCUUCCUAAAACAUAUGGCUUC